GCUCUCGCUCGAGGCUCCGAGGCUCAGCCAAAACCGAAUCCCGGCGCUGGGGCUCAGCAGAGGCUCCGACGGCUCCCGGCCCCGCUCCUCAGCCAAGCGUCUGCCCUGCCCGUGCCCGAGGUCUCAGCCAUGGCAAGAAACCACCAAGUGCAGAAGGCCAAGUUGGCCGAGCAGGCCGAGCGUUACGAGGACAUGGCGGACUUCAUGAAGGCGGUGGUGGAGCACGGGGAUGAGUUGUCCAACGAGGAACGCAACCUCCUCUCCGUCGCCUACAAGAACGUGGUGGGGUGCCAGCGCUCGGCGUGGAGGGUGAUCUCCAGCAUCGAGCACAAAACCGAAGAGGGGGAUGACAAAGCUCAGCUGGUCAACGAGUACAGGGAGAAGGUGGAGAGGGAGCUGAACGGCGUCUGCAAGAACGUCCUGAACUUGCUGGACAAGUAUCUCAUCAAGAAAGCCACCGACGCCGAGAGCAAGGUCUUCUACCUGAAGAUGAAGGGCGAUUAUUUCCGAUACUUGGCCGAGGUGGCCAUCGGGGACAACCGCAAGACGGCGAUAGACAACGCCCAGCAAGCCUACCAAGAGGCCAUGGACAUCAGCAAAAAGGAGAUGCAGCCCACGAACCCCAUCCGCCUGGGCUUGGCCCUCAACUUCUCCGUCUUCCACUACGAGAUCGCCAACGCCCCCGAGCAGGCCAUCUCCCUGGCCAAGACCACCUUCGACGAGGCCAUGGGGGACCUGCACACGCUCAGCGAAGACUCCUACAAGGACAGCACCCUCAUCAUGCAGCUCCUCAGGGACAACCUCACGCUAUGGACAGCCGAGUGCGCCGGAGAAGACGGCGGCGAAGCUGGAGAAGAACCCAAGAACUGAAUGGCCCCCGUGGAGCUGGGGACCCCCCCCCAUCCCCUCCAGUCCCUCCAGCACCAAGUCAUGGU